AUGCGUGGCCCCCGUCCUCUCCCUGCUCGCCCAACUAUCGCACGUUCACCUGCACAACCAUCGGUCGUUGCAGCUGCCGCUGAGGGCGCCAAUCCGUCAGAUCAACAACUCAAAAUCACUAAGCCGAAACGCUCAACCUACAUUCGUCAAUGGAUUUCCGACGUGCAGCCCGGAAGUCCUCUCCCGCCCAGCCCCAAUGCUGAGCGUCUCAACGACCCACUACUCUCCGCGGGCACUCAAGACUUCGCGCGUCGUCUGAUGUCGUUCGCUCAAGGAGCUUGCUCACCAACGGCGAACAACAUCAAUCGCAUCAUCACAGCCCCAUUGGCGACGGGUCUGGCACCUCUCAAGAAACACACUGCAAAGGCGCCACGCCCGGAAGCGCGCUCGCCAUCCGUCACAUCACCCAACACUGGUCGGGCCAACACUUCCACGUUCGGCCGUCGAGUGCGAGCACAGCCUUCCCUCAGGCGUCCUGUCGCACGUCAGCAGUCCAGGCGUGCCGCCCCUGCGCGUGGGCAGAGCCGCCGGACCAAGGAUCGCCGGUCUAAGCGCGCAUCGCGCAUGCUGCUCACACUGGCGGAAGGCUGCUGUGAAGAGACGGACGUCAGACGGUUGACCAUGCGACUCAGUCGUCAGGUCGCUGCCGCAAAUCAUCCAGCAGCACGUAUUGCAGCGCCUCCGCCCCCGAGCCGGGAGGUUUUCCUGGAUGAUGACGAAUGGGAGUUUGCACCUCUCCUGCUGGUCGAUAGUACCGGCGCGGAUGACGGGGAAUGGGUUGACUUCGAUGGCCCAUCGACGGCGGCAUUCCCGGAUACCGCAGCCGCACUGCAGCCAACAAGCGCGUUCACGAUCCAGUCCCGCACUGAGAGCGCUUCCGCGUACUCGCACGAGUCCGACCUCGCCUCUCCAUACAAGCUCCCGCAGCCGCAUGAUGAACGCAGCGCCGGCCGUGCGACUCCGCCUCCACUUCCGGACAGUGCCAACACCGGAUCUACAAGCACUACACCGGGCUUGUCGCUCCUUGCUAUCCCUGCGCGCUCGCAGCGAAAGGCGGCGCACCUUCGCAAGCCAUCCUACGUGACAGAGCUUGAGGCGUUCACGGUCCCCAAGACUCCCAUCUCACCAGGGACCGCGCCCGUACUCCCGACGCCGAAGGGGCCAGCGCGUCGUCGUCCUGCGCCGUUGAACAUUCCUGAGCCGCCCUCAGCCGCACGCUUUUCGACGGCUUCACCUCUCGACUUGCAGCUUGUUCGCGCGGCAUUCAUCGCUCAGUCGUACGCCCCGCGGCGCCCGCCGUCCGGUGAUGUAGGUGCGGUUCCUCGGCGCCUCCCUACACCUGAAGCCGAGAAGAAGGCUGCCGCUUCGAACCAGCAUGGCGCCCGCGUCAACAUUGCUGGAGGGAUGAAGAGUAUGGUCACGGCGCUGAAGAGCUCGCGCAACGGCAACACCCCGCGUCGCGAGUGGGUUUGA